AUGGAGGAGGAUUCAACAGUAGAGGUCAAAGAGGAUGAGUGGGUUUUCCACGAAGCUACCAGAUCUCUUUUGAGAAUUCACCAUCAAGAAAGGAGAGGAGCAUUUCUUCCACACGACAAGCUUGGGUGUCCAAUCCCAGUGAAGCAUCUGCAUCACAAAGCAGUUGUUUACCAGCACUUUCCAAAUGGCGGACAAAAGCUAUCAGAAGUGAGUUGGAGGAAACAGCGUGAGGAGGUGGGCCCCAAAAGAUACUGGGUCGGCUUCACCGAGUUCAAGCUGAAACCCAAGGUGUCUAUGCACAAAGCGAUGGAGAUCUUCGCUGCAAACAAAGGCAGUGAUGAAGUGAAGGAGAGCGAUAUUAAACCUGAGGAGUGGCCACCUUGGAAAGUUGCAGACGGUGAAGAAUGGGCAAAGGUGGAGGCAUCAGGAGCAGUGAAAGCUCUAUAUCCAGAGGAGUCAGAGGCGAUAGAACGCCAGCUGAGAGAAGCUGGAACAAGUGGAAGAAUUCUUCCUUCCAGGAAGCCAGCAGAACUCCCUGGCGAGCCACCAACAAUGAAGUCAAGAUGGUGCAUCCGGGGAGUCAAGGACCCGGAUAUUCUGUCUUUAGACAGGUGCUCUCCAACUGUCACCACUGCAGUAGUCUCCAUUGUGUUGCAAACAGCAGCAUCCAGGAAGUUUCGUUGUGCCAUUGGGGACCUCAAGGACGCGUUCAUGCAGUCCGAGCCAUUGAAAAGGCUCUUCAGCGAAGGCAAGCUUCGAGGCAUCAUUGUGGUGGAGGUUGCCGAUUUGUUGACCAUGGGAGAUGAACUGCAUUUUCAGAAGAUGGAGGAACUUCAGAAAAGGUUCAAGUUUGGCAAGUUCAAAUUUUUGGAUGAAGAGCAGAAAGGCGUGUCGUUCAACGGCAGGAGGCUGAGGAUGCUUGAAGCUGGAACGUAUCUAGUGGAUAUGCAAAAGUUUGUUGAAGAAAGGUUGAGAGAGGUUAGUUUGGCAGUAGGAAGGGCCAGUCAAAAGGAUGAGGAUGCAACAGAUGCAGAAAAGACAGAAGCAAGAGCAGUGGUCGGGGCUUUGACAUGGGCCGCAAAAGAAGGUCGUCCCGAUUGUGCUGCAGCAGCAAGCAUUAUAGCAGGAACAUUGAAUCGAAUGAAGGUUCAAGAAAUCUUGGAUCUCAACAAGGCUGUAAGAGAGGCAAAGAAAAGUUCCACUAUGAGUCUGAGAAUUCAGCCAGUCGCUCCAGAUCAGAUCAUCUGGGGGGUAGUCACCGAUGCGUCAUACGCGAAUGCGAGUGGAGGAGCUUCACAAGGUGCUUUUGGAGUGAUAUGUGCUGAAGAGUCGGUUCUGACUCGAGGAAGUGGAGCGGUCAAUUUGCUUCACUGGAGGUCAGGAAAAAUGUAUCGAGUGGUGAACUCAACGCUGGCCGCAGAGAGUCAAAACCUGUCCAAAGAGUUGAGUGAGCUGGCAUGGAGUGUCACGGUGUAUAAGGACCUGAUCACUGAAGGUUUUGACCUAAAAGAAUGGCAAAGAGCUCUCAAAGAUCAGCGCGUGAUGACUUUGGCAAAAGAUGACAUGGAUGAGACGCUGAAGCAAAGUCCAUGCAUGGUGGACGCAAAGAGUCUGUUUGAUCACCUAGUGAAAGAGACGGUAGGUUGUACAGAUGACAAACGAACCGCAAUAGAGAUGCAAGUGAUUAGACAGUCAAUGCAAGAGACCAAUGCAGUAAUUCGUUGGGUGCCACAUCCCAAAAUGUUCAUGGAUUGCCUCACAAAGAGGUGCGGAAACCGUGGUCCGCUCACAGAGCUUUUGGAUAGCGGUAGAUACAGUUUGGUGGACCAUGAGGUCAAUAAAGAUUACUGGGGAUCUGUGAAACGUGGAAACCAGUGCAUUCAUGUGUAA